GGCAUUUCUCGCACAACUUUUGGCUGGUUGGGUGAAACAAAAGGCGUUUUCCAAGCAAGCAAGCCCGUUCGCAAAAGUAGUGUUUAGCUUCCCGUAAAAAACUUUGCGAAUCCCCGGAACUCCCGUAGAAAAGAACCAUGUCCGACGCACCGGCCACCGCUGGUUCCGAGAACUGGAUCAAAAAGGCCGAGGACCAGGAGAUUUCCACUCUGGUUAACGAGCUGAGCAUCGAGAAGGAGAAGGACAAGAGUGAGGCCGCGCCAGCCGAAGCGGUUAAGGAGGAGACGGCAAAGCCUGAGGAGACACCGCCUCCGGCGGAGCCGGUGCCGGCGAGUGUGGAACCGCCGGCGACGACCAUAGCCGCCGCUGUGAGUAGUGCUGGCACUCCGUCGGAACCGGCCGCCAGCGAGAAUGGAGAGACGGCGUCGUCCACCGAGGACGCGGAGGCAUUUAAUCCGGCGGACGCAAGCUUGUUGAUGAAGAUUAUCCGGAAGGGUCUGGUCGAGAGCAGGCAGGACAUUGAGGUGCAACGCAAGAACCCGAUGUCGCCGCUGUACUCUGUGAAGACGUUCGAGGCGUUGCACUUGAAGCCGGAGCUGCUGCAGGGCGUGUACGCGAUGGGAUUUAAUGCGCCGUCGAAGAUCCAGGAGACGGCACUGCCGACGCUGCUGGCCGAACCCCCGCAGAACAUGAUCGCUCAGAGUCAGAGCGGAACGGGGAAGACGGCGGCCUUCGUGUUGGCCAUGUUGAGUCGAGUAAAUCCGGCCAAGAACUAUCCGCAGGUCAUUUGCCUGAGUCCUACGUACGAGUUGGCCAUCCAGACGGGCGAGGUCGCAGCCAAGAUGGCAAAGUUCUGUCCGGAGAUUAAGCUUCGGUACGCGGUCCGUGGCGAGGAGAUUUCCAAGGGUUCCAAACUGACCGAUCACAUCAUAAUCGGAACGCCCGGCAAGCUGCUCGACUGGGGCAUCAAGUUCCGUGCGUUCGACCUGAAGAAGAUCAGCGUGUUCGUACUGGACGAGGCGGACGUCAUGAUCGCCACCCAGGGCCACCAGGACCAGUGCAUCCGGAUCCACAAGCAGCUGUCCUCGUCGUGCCAGAUGAUGUUCUUCUCGGCGACGUACGAGCGCGAGGUGAUGGAGUUUGCCGAGUACAUCGUGCCGAACCCGAUCGUGAUCCGGCUGGCGCGCGAGCAGGAAUCGCUCGACAACAUCAAGCAGUACUACGUCAAGUGCCGGAACCAGGACGAGAAGUACCAGGCCAUUUCGAACAUUUACGGCGUGAUCACGGUCGGCCAGGCCAUCAUCUUCUGCCACACGCGUAAAACGGCCGGCUGGCUGUCCGGCAAAAUGUCCCAGGAUGGCCACUCGGUGGCCGUGCUCUCCGGCGACCUGACCGUCGAGCAGCGCCUCAUGGUGCUGGACCGCUUCCGGGCGGGCAUGGAGAAGGUCCUGAUCACGACGAACGUCCUGUCGCGGGGCAUCGACGUCGAGCAGGUCACGAUCGUGGUGAAUUUCGAUCUGCCCACCGACCAGCAGGGUCGGGCCGACUGCGAGACGUAUCUGCACCGAAUCGGACGCACCGGGCGAUUCGGCAAGAACGGCAUCGCGAUCAACCUGGUCGACUCGGAUCGCAGCAUGGCCAUCUGCCGGGCCAUCGAGAGCCACUUCAAGAAGCGCAUCCACCUGCUGGACGCGGAGAAUUCGGACGAAAUCGAGAAGAUCGGCUCGUAGAUUUUUGGAUUUGGCGGGACAAUUGUUUAAGUUAUUCUUUGGACACGCGCGACACCUCGGUUAUUAAAGACUUUUGUUAUUUUUUCUCGUAUGCGACCUAAAUUUGUGC